CAGCAAUCCUGUAGUCACAGCAUCAGUCCAUUGUAUCUCCCGAAGGAAAAAAGUAGCAAUUAAAAGGUAACGACGAGGGAGAAAGAAGGGGGGGAUGAGAAGACAGCAACAAUGGAGCACUUACUCUGGUAUGUCCUUGGGCGUGUACCUGAGAGUCGCUCGCACAUGAUCGUCCUGGCUCGACUUGACCAUACGCCACAUGAGCACCGCGCCGUCCGAACAGCUCCAGUUCGAUUCGUCACCGCUUUUGGACGGCUCAGCGCCGUUUGUGUCGCACAAGGUUUCCCCAGUCGAGCUGGACGUGACGUUGAAGGCGAAAGAUUCCACUUCAUAGCUCAGAGCCAGAGGUUUGUCAUUUCCGUAGACGAUGGCACCGUUCAUGAAGCCUCCAAAUUUCACACAAGGUUUCUCGGCGGCGGCAACAUAGGGGAUGGCGGCGAGAGCGGCGAGAAGGAAAGUGGCUGGGAAAGAAGGCAUCUUGUUGUCUAUGUGUAUGUUUCAAUGAAUGAUUUGAAAAUGGACCAAGCGAAUGCAAUGGAGAAAGAAUGGAAAAAAAGAAAUGAGAAAAGGAAUGUGAUGAGUUGGAAAGAUUGUGGACAGUACUGGGAAAGAUACACUUUGUCGUUGAGGACUUUUACUCCAUUUAACUAA